AUGCGCUGGCAGGCUCGGCAGGAGAUUCUUGGGGCCUUCCCGGGAACCGGGGCGACCCCUCCCAGCAGCAGCAGCUGCGCCAAGCACGGCUCCAGUCCCGAAGCAGAUGACAAACGCAGGCUGGGCAAGCUCCUACUUGGGUCCGAUGAAGUCGUUGCUACUUUGGGAGAGGGGACUUUUGGACAGGUUGUGGAGUGCAUCGAUCACAAGGAGAAGGGCAGGCAUGUGGCUGUGAAAAUCAUCAAGGAGGCUGAUGGGAGCUCUGAGGAAGCCUUUGCAGAAGUCCGAGUGCUGCGCUACUUACGUGCCCUGGACCCCAGCAGCACACAGCACUGUGUCCAGAUGCUAGACUGGUUUGAACACCGUGGCCACGUCUGCAUCGUGCUGGAGCUGCUGGGGCUCAGCACCUUUGACUUCAUGAAGGAGAAUGGCUUCCUCCCCUUCAGGCUGGACCACAUCAGGCAGAUGGCCUAUCAGAUCUGCCAGCCUCCCCUUGUUUCCUUGCAGAAGUGUCAAGAGCGCAGACCCAAGCAUCCCGACAUCAGGGUUGGGGACUUUGGGAGCACCACACGUGACGAUGAACAUCACAGCACGGUGGUGACCACGAGACCGUUCCGAGCUCCCGAAGUCAUCCUAGCCCUGGGAUGGUCACAGCCCUGCGAUGUCUGGAGCAUAGGAUGUAUUCUCCUGGAGUACUACCUGGGAUCCCCAAUCUUUCCGGUCAAUGAAGACAAAGAACACCUGGCAAUGAUGGAGAGAAUCCUGGGGCCUUUGCCAAGUGACAUGAUAAAGCAAAGCAGGAAACGCGGAUAUUUCCAUCAGGACCGGGUGCACUUGGACGAGCGAAGCUCUGCUGGGAGAUACGUGUCCCGGUGGUGUAAGCCCCUGAAGGCAUUCAUGACCAACGACGGAGACGACCACGAGAACCUGUUUGAUCUGAUUGAGAAGAUGCUCCGUUACGACCCAGCAGAGCGAAUUACUCUGGGAGAAGCCCUGAAACACCCUUUCUUCCUGCCCCUGAGACGGGAGAAAAGGCUGCUGCCUUCUGGAGCUGGGGAGCCUGACCCAGGAGUCCUUCCCCCAAAGAAGCGGAGAAAGUAUCGGAUGUUUGUUGGAUAG